CAGCCGCAGCCGGGAGUACAGCGAGCUCCGCUGGACCUGCAGUGAGUACCGGCUCGUAUUGUCAGCAUUCCUUCCCCGGCCAGCCGUGCUGUUUGUAGAACUCAUGGUAGAAGGGGAAACACUUUAAAGAAUUUAUCCAGGCAGUUGGAGCAGAAAGGUUUGCUGGGAUGGGUAAUCUUCUUAAAGUGCUUACCAGGGAAAUUGAAAACUAUCCACAUUUUUUCCUGGACUUUGAAAAUGCUCAACCUACUGAAGGAGAAAGGGAGGUGUGGAACCAGGUCAAUGCAGUUUUGCAGGAGUCCGAAAGUAUUCUUUACGAUCUCCAGGCUUACAAAGGCGCUGGACAAGAAAUAAGAGAUGCUAUACAGAAUCCAAAUGGAAUGCAACUCCAGGAAAAAGCAUGGAAUUCAGUAUGCCCGCUAGUAGUGAGACUGAAAAGAUUUUAUGAAUUUUCCUUAAGACUUGAGAAAGCUUUGCAGAGCUUACUGGAAUCUUUAACCUGCCCGCCGUAUACUCCUACACAACAUCUAGAGCGAGAACAGGCUCUCGCUAAAGAGUUUGCUGAAAUUCUGCAUUUCACUCUACGUUUCGAUGAACUGAAGAUGAGAAACCCAGCAAUUCAGAACGACUUUAGUUAUUACAGGCGGACAAUAAGUCGUAACCGAAUAAACAACAUGCAUUUAGAUAUUGAGAAUGAAGUAAACAAUGAAAUGGCCAAUCGAAUGUCCCUUUUUUACGCCGAAGCUACGCCAAUGUUAAAGACUCUUAGCAAUUCUACAACAAACUUUGUGUCUGAAAAUAAAACGUUACCCAUCGAAAAUACCACCGAUUGCUUGAGUACAAUGGCCAGUGUAUGUAAAGUAAUGCUGGAAACUCCAGAAUACAGAAGUCGGUUUACAAGUGAAGACACUCUCAUGUUCUGUAUGAGAGUAAUGGUUGGUGUCAUCAUACUUUAUGAUCAUGUGCAUCCAGUUGGUGCUUUCUGCAAGACAUCAAAGAUUGAUAUGAAGGGCUGCAUAAAGGUUUUGAAGGAGCAACCCCCCGAUAGUGUGGAAGGACUUCUAAAUGCGCUCAGGUUUACCACAAAGCACCUGAACGAUGAGUCGACUUCGAAACAGAUCCGGGCUAUGCUUCAGUAAAAUCCUACAAGUGCAGAGGAUUCUUUUACUGACCUCAGAAGAUGUAUAUGUUUACAUAAUUUAAUACAGAUUUGAUGUUAAUACUUAUGUGUAUUUACAUAGCCAUUACCUUCCUGUUACUGAAUAUAGACUCGUAUUCUUAUCUUUAAUCUGACUGAUCUAGCACAACUUGCAUUUACUGUCGGCCAUUAUAUUUGACUUGCAAAUUGAACACAUUGUUCCCCUUUUGAGUUUUUUUUUUUUGUUUUGUUUUCUUUUUUUACUUUUAACCAAAGUGCUUAAACCAUACUUUAAAAUAGUGUGAAUUGAUUGUAUCUGCUGUCGUGUUAUUUGUCAGUUUGUCAAACCAUGUUUAGGCACUUAUUCUUUAAAAUGUAUAAUUUUAUUGUUCCAUUUCCAGUUUCCAGUCAGAGGCAUUAUAGCAGAGGUGUUAAACUUUGCUCCUCCCUGCUGUUGGACUGCAAUACCCAGAAUUAUCUUAUUUUUUUUUAGAACUAUGGGUGUUUUCGUGCUACAGCUGCCUGGCAAGGAGCCGUUGGGCACCCCCACAUUUAUAGUAUUAAGCAGCUUGCAGAAGACCAGUCCUAAAAUACACAUUCAUAAAACAAAUCUAGAAUCUAGAAUCCAGAAGUUCUAGAGUUAAGCAUGCAGCUCCUAUCAUCACAGUACUGGCAUUUAUUUAUAUUCUAGUCUUGUAAUUAUUAUUUUAUUAGAUCCUGAUCCUCAAGGCCAGUUUCUUACCCUCCUUUUUU